AUGUUUCAAUUAGAUGUUCUUAUUGAUACAUCUGUAUUACCACCAAAUGUCAUGUCAUUACGUGAUGAUAAAUUUAUUGACUUCGUUAAAGAAGAAGCCGGUCGUGCUGCUGCUACUCUACUUGAAGUACAAGAUAUUAAUUGUGCCAAGUCAUUGCUGAUGACAGAUAAUGUUUUCUCUAUUAUGGACUUGAAGAGUAACAGUUUAAAUGAUUUUAAACACAAAUAUGGUUAUAUGCAAGACGAUGGUACAUUUGUUAUACAACCUGGAAUAAAAGGAAAUGUACAAUACCUUAUUGAUUUGUUAAAGAAAAAAUGUAUUGAUGACGCAAAAUUAGCUAAAUUAUCCAAACGUAAUCAAUUAUUAUCAUCACUAGAUAAAACCAUAGAUACAUCAUCAACAAUAACAAAAGCAACGUCGCCUGUUCCAUCCAAUAGUUCAUCAGAAAUAAUAACAUCAAAAUCUUCUAAUUUAUCAAUUAAUGGACAUAAAACAUAUCUAAUUGAUACAUUGAAUAGCUGGUGCGAAAAAAAUAAAUCAAAAUUUGAUUUAUCACAAUUAUCUUUAGUUGAAGGUCAACAUUAUUUUAUUUCGAUAUUUGAUGAUCUAAGUGGUGCAUUAAAAGGUAAUAUAAAAUGCUGUUGUAAAAAAUCGUUAUCAUUGACACUUUUCCGUGGUAAAUUUCAACUGUCGAACUUCUACAGACAUUUACAAGACUUUCGUAAUGGUAAUACAUGUAAUACAAUAAAAGAAAUAAUAAAAAUUCAUCAAUUAACGUCAUCAACAACAGCAGAUAAUCAACAAUCAUUUGCAAUUCCAAAUACUGUGCUAUAUCAAGGAUCAUCAUCACUGAAUUUUGUACCUUCCGCAUCAGUAUCAGUCACAAUCCCAUCAAACUCAACAUUUUCUACAUCAUCAUCUAUCUCAAUAUCAACAGAUGAUCAUGAAAGUAUUGAAAAAUCGUCAUCAUCAUCAUUAAAAACUAAAAGAAAAGUAAAAAGAAAGUUUAACUCAAUAGAAUCUUCAUAUAAUACGAGAAAAGAAGCAAAAAGAAUGAGAAGAGAAUAA